UGCAUCUGCGGAGACAGAACGGCCCCUUCCACGGCGCCUGCCAAUCCGCGUCCGGAGCGGCGGCCCUGGCGUGGGGGAGGUCUGGCUUCCAGCCAAUUAGCGCCGGCCCCGGGCUGGGCCUCCCCCACCCCCACCCGAGCCCCUAGAAUGAAACCAUCCCCACAGCUGCCCCAGAGCUGGGCGGCCGCGGCUGCACGUGGGGCGUGGAAGCGGGGCGGCGGGGGGAAAGGCGAGGGCCCUCCCCCUCCCCAGGCUCGCGGUCCUCCUCCUCGCAGCCGCCCUGGAGCCCCAGCUGCAAAAAAGCGAGCGGGAGCAGCCCCGGGGGCGCUGGCGAACUUGUUCGGGGCGGGCACGCGAAGGGGGCGGGGAAGGGACGACGACGACAUCGAGGAGGAGGAGGAGGAGGAAGAAGAAGGGGGAUGGUGGGUGGGCGAUAAAAUCACUAGCGGCCCCACCCCCUUCUCCGGCUCGGCUUGGCCCCCGGCGCCCCGCUCCGGGGCUGAGAGCGCGGGCUGCGGGGAGAAGCGCGCGCGGUCCCCGAUGGAGGCUUUCCAGGCAGUAGCCAGCAAGCUGCCGCCGCCGCCGCCGCACCAUCACCCCCAUCCGCGCCAACCCCCCCCGCCCAUGGCUUUUUUGCAGAGCGCUCGCUACGUGACUGCCAAGAGCCACCAUCCCCACGGAGCCGGCAGCGCCUUCAACUCGUGGAACGACUACCUGGGGCUCGCUACGCUCAUCACCAAGGCGGUGGGCGAGGAGAAGGGCUUCGGCGGGGACCCCGCCUCCCCGUCCUCGUCGUCGUCCUCGUCCUGCUGCUCGCCCCACGCCGGGGCCGCCGGGGGGAUGGUGGUGGCCGCGGCGGCGCUGGGGCCGCCCGACGACGACGAGGACGACGAGGAGGAGGCCGCUGCGACCCCCUAUUUCGGCAGCGCCCUGGAUCUGCGGGACCUGGAGCUGUGCGCGGGCCACCCCGCUGACGGCCUGCUGGAGGAGCGCUUCGCCGACUUCAGCCCCUUCUCGGGGGGCGCCGGGCCGGCCGCAGCUGCCGCGGUGCUGUUCGAUUGCGCCUCGGAGCCCCUGGAGAGGGAGCGGGCCCCGGCGUGGGGGGGGCCCGCCGAGCCCCGGCUGCAGGGCGGGCCCAAGCCGGGGGCCCGGCUGCUGAAGCCCGAGCUGCAGGUCUGCGUGUUCUGCAGGAACAACAAGGAGGCCGUGGCGCUCUACACGACCCACAUCCUGAAGGGACCCGACGGGCGCGUCCUGUGCCCGGUGCUACGCAGGUACACGUGCCCCCUGUGCGGGGCCAGCGGGGACAAUGCCCACACCAUCAAAUACUGUCCCCUCUCCAAAAUGCAGGCGCACGCCGCCAAACAGAUCAAAAGCGCCAGGAACGUCUUGGGCAAGAAGAUCCGCUGAAGGGUUUUGUGUUGGCAGUUUUUUGUUGUUCUCUUCGCCCACCUCUUCCUGUUGGCUUCUGAGGAAAGAAACUGGAGAAAGUGGAACGAACAGUUGUUUGCGAUUUAAACUUUGGCUGUCUUCGUUUUUUGUUUUAAGUCUGGGCGGAUUACUUUUAUAUAUGUCUAUGUGUAUAUACACACGCUUAUAUACAUAUAGAUGGGGCGCUGAGUGAUCAUAGAAUGUAAAAGGAAAAACUGGUUUAUGUAGAACUUAAGUCUCUAGUUUGUACACACACCUAGAGCUCAGUCGUGUCUGGGUGCUGAAUUCCUGACUCAAUUAUAUUAUCACAGCUUAGAUGCACUGUAUUUGUUUACUGUAUACAAUUAUCUGACUUUAGAUGGACAUAUCGAUUAUGAAAUAUUCUGUUUAAUCUUGAUAUUUUACUUUUAUGAAUCAAAUUAUGGAGGCACUUUAAGUCAUAUAGUAUUUUUUAAAAGCCUCUAAACUGGGCUAAAGGAACUGUAGGUUUUAUGGUAUGUCCACAAAAUGAAGACUACUUCAUGUUGUUUACUAGGAGUACAUAGAAAUGUUCUCCCAAAGGGACUAAGAUAACCUAUCCGUGGCAAGUAAUGUUUCUUGACAUUCCUCUUUCUUGGUUACCUUAAUUCAGCUAAAGCAAGAAUCUGACAGAAGCAAUGUUAUGAUAAUGGUUAACUUUCUUAUAUUAAUUUGUGUAUUGAUUGACUUGAGAUUGCUUAUUUACAUUGUAGCUGGAGAGGUAAAGUACACAAACUGAAUUGCACUUAAGCUAAAGACAGUUUAUUGUUAUAUAUCAGAUUGUCUAUUGCCAAAUUAGAAACUUUUCCCCUCUUCCUCUAGAAACUGUGCCAAGUUGCAUAUCAUAUUGUGUAUACACUUGGAAAUGGUGCUGUUUAAAACUUGGUUGUGUGUUUAUACAGUAAUAGUAUAUGAUGAAUUUAUUAUUCUUGUUCA